CCAGUCCAGUAGGUGAUGGUAGAGCAAAAAGGGCGCUGCUCUACGAACCACAUUUCCCAAUGUGCAACGCGACAUUACGUCAUCAGUCUGCGUUGGUGUUUGUUUUGAACUGUUGGAAGAGAAAGCGUUGGAAGGAGGUUAACAAACCAUACAACAUGUUUAUGCCAAGAGCCCUGAAGGUAAAGAGACCUGCCCAGGUCUCAGGCCAAGUUUUGAAUAAGAAAAUCAAGGCAGAUCAGGAGGAGAGAAAAGAAGAUGAAGGCAGUUUAUCUACACCUGUUCAGAAGGAGGAAACGUGUGAAGAUGCCAAACCACAGGAUGAGAUAGCACAAGCAGGCGGAGACUCUGCAUGUUUGACAGAGAGCUCAGUGCAAGAAGAUGGACUCAAGUCUGUCACAAGCGAUACAGAGGAUGACGACGAGGAGGAGGAACCUGUCAAAUCGUUCAGAAAGAGCCAGAGAUGGCCAGAGCCAGGAGAGCCCGUCUGUGUGAUGUGUGGUCGCUAUGGGGAGUACAUAUGUGACAGCACCGACAAUGACGUUUGCAGUCUUGAGUGCAAAGCCAAACAUCUGGCUCAAAUGGGGAUGGGGACUGGGGCAGAUGUGUUUAACCGUGAGGACAAAAAUAGAGAUGAAAGGACUCAACAGCCAGCAGUUGACACUGGUGCAGUGGGUGAAAGUAAGGAAGGAUAUUCCUACAAGGACGAUCUGUUCAUAUCAGGCCUAACAGACGAGCAGGUGCAGAGGAUUAAAAAGGAGCUGGGCAUUGAAACCCAGGGGACAGAUGUCAGGAGACCCAUCAUUGAGUUCGAACACUGUGGCUUCCCUGCCACGCUCGGUGGCAACCUGAAAAAGGCCGGCUAUGAGGCGCCCACGCCGGUCCAGAUGCAGAUGGUGCCUGUUGGUCUCAGCGGCAGGGACGUGAUCGUCAGCGCUGACACAGGCUCAGGGAAGACUGUAGCCUUCCUGCUGCCAGUGAUAGUGAGGGCAAUGGAGAAACCUGCACAGAGUGCAGGUAGCCCUGUGGCUCUCAUCCUGACCCCCACCAGGGAGCUGGCCAUCCAGAUAGAGAGACAGGCCAAGGAGCUGGUGAUGCGCCUCCCCAACAUGAGAACUGCCCUGCUGGUGGGCGGCAUGCCACUUCCCCAACAACUCCACCGCCUCAAAAGCAGCAUCAAAAUUAUCAUAGCCACCCCUGGGCGACUCCUUGAGAUCCUGAAGCAGAAGGCAGUUCAGCUGGACAAAGUGAAGGUUGUGGUGGUUGACGAGGUCGACACCAUGUUGAAGAUGGGCUUCCAGCAGCAGGUGCUGGAGGUUUUGGAUCAAGUCCGAGAAGAACACCAAACUCUGCUGGCGUCGGCCACCAUCCCAAAGGGGACGGAGGAGCUGGCCGCCCGAUUGGUUCGCGACCCUGUCCGUAUUACUAUCGGAGAGAAGAACCAGCCCUGUGCCAACGUGAGGCAGAUCUUACUGUGGCUAGAGGAGCCCUCCAAGAAGAAGAAGCUGUUUGAGAUCCUCAAUGACAGUAAGCUGUACCAUCCUCCAGUGGUGGUGUUUGUAGAAAGUAAACUGGGCGCUGAUCUACUGUGUGAGGCGGUCGCCAAGGUGACGGGCCUCAAAACUGUGGCAAUCCACUCCGACAAGACCCAGUGGGAACGCAACCGCAUCCUCAGGGGUCUUCUGGAGGGAGACUUUGAAGUGGUGAUCAGUACUGGUGUGCUGGGCAGAGGACUGGACCUAGUCAACGUCAGAUUGGUGGUUAACUUUGACAUGUCAAACACAAUGGAUGAGUACGUUCAUCAGGUAGGCAGGGCAGGUCGGCUGGGACACAGAGGAACAGCCAUCACCUUUCUCAACAACAACAACAAACGGCUGUUCCUGGAGGUGGUGAAGCGGGUCAAACCCACAGGGUCCAUCCUGCCCCCUCAGCUCCUUAACUCACCCCACCUCCAUGAGCAGCAGAGGAGGGAAAAACAAAAGGCCAAGCAGGGGUCUGAUGACAAAAUGGUCACUAAGAACAACCUCAUAGACAUCAUAAGGAAACAUGACCGGCGCAAGAAAUAAUGUUCUUUGAAUCAUUCCUGCAAAAGUGCCGUCUAUUUAUGUAGUAAAUGCAAAAUGUAUAUUUGUAUAUUGUUUAUUGAAAAAAAUAAAUGUUAAUUUGGCAUAUUCUAAAUAAAUCACUUGUGUAAUUAAUGUAAGACAAUUUAUUCAAAUAGAGGAAUUAUCCUCUCUAAUCCACAUACUUCAAUUGAGGGACAGUCUUUCCUGCUAUUGCAGUGGUGCACUUGUGGUGUAUUUACUGAAAGCAGGUCAACUAAAAAAUAAUACUGCUUUGAAUGUAUUUGAUUUAUAAAGUUUUUGAACAGCAGAUUUUGAUUUUAAAAUACUUUUUAACUGGGUGCUUCCAGGUUGAUUCUAGUAUUGAGACUGCAAAAGUGCCCUUGACCAAGCCGCUGAAUCCAUCCAACCUCUCUAGUUGAUGCUCAAAUCAGUCUGUAACUUAUUAUUUCCAACCCAAAACUCAUUGUGUAAAAGUUAAUUCCUGACAAAAAAA